AUGGGUGACCGCGCGGAGGCGACCUUACCCUUGGCUCCGGGGACACCGUCAACCCGUUCCUGGCUUCCUGCUCCCACCCGGCCUGCUCUCACCCGGCCUGCGUCCACCCGGCCUGCGUCCACCCGACCUGCGUCCACCCGGCCUGCGUCCACCCGGCCUGCUCCCACCCGGCCUGCUCCCACCCGGCCUGCUCCCACCCGGUCUGCUUCCACCCGGCCUGCUUCCACCAAGCCUGCGUCCAUCCGGCCUGCUUCCACCCGGCCUGCGUCCACCCGACCUGCGUCCACCCGGCCUGCGUCCACCCAGCCUGCUCCCACCCGGCCUGCUUCCACCCGGGCCGCGUCCCCCCGGCCUGCGUCCACCCGGCCUGCGUCCACCCGACCUGCCUCCACCUGGCCUGCUCCACCCGGCCUGCUCCCACCCGGCCUGCUCCACCCGGCCUGCUCCCACCCGGCCUGCGUCCACCCGGCCUGCUUCCACCCGGCCUGCGUCCACCCGGCCUGCUCCCACUCGGCCUGCGUCCACCCGGCCUACUCCCACCCGGCCUGCGUCCACCCGGCCUGCGUCUACCCGGCCUGCUUCCACCCGGCCUGCUUCCACCCGGCCUGCUCCCACCCGGCCUGCGUCCACCCGGCCUGCUUCCACCCGGCCUGCGUCCACCCGGCCUGCUCCCACUCGGCCUGCGUCCACCCGGCCUACUCCCACCCGGCCUGCGUCCACCCGGCCUGCGUCUACCCGGCCUGCUUCCACCCGGCCUGCUUCCACCCGGCCUGCGUCCACCCAGCCUGCGUCCACCCGGCCUGCUUCCACCCGGCCUGCGUCCACCCGGCCUGCGUCCACCCGGCCUGCUUCCACCCGGCCUGCGUCCACCCGGCCUGCUCCCACUCGGCCUGCGUCCACCCGGCCUGCUCCACCCGGCCUGCUCCCACCCGGCCUGCUCCACCCGGCAUGCUCCCACCCGGCCUGCUUCCACCCGGCCUGCGUCCACCCGGCCUGCGUCCACCCGGGCUGCGUCCACCCUGCCUGCUCCACCCGGCCUGCGUCCACCCGGCCUGCGUCCACCCGGCCUGCGUCCACCCGGCCUGCGUCCACCCGGCCUUCGUCUACCCGGCCUGCUCUCACCCGGCCUGCGUCCACCCCCUGCGUCCACCCGGCCUGCGUCCACCUGGCCUGCUCUCACCCGGCCUGCGUCCACCCGGCCUGCGUCCACCCGGCCUGCGUCCACCCGGCCUGCUUCCACCCGGCCUGCUUCCACCCAGCCUGCGUCCACUCGUCCUGCGUCCACCUGGCCUGCUCUCACCCGGCCUGCGUCCCCCCGGCCUGCGUCCACCCGGCCUGCGUCCACCCGGCCUGCGUCCAUCCGGGCUGCGUCCACCCGGCCUGCUUCCACCCGGCCUGCGUCCACCCGGCCUGCGUCCACCCGGCCUGCUCCCACCCAGCCUGCAUCCACCCGGCCUGCUCCCACCCAGCCUGCGUCCACCCGGCCUGCUCCCACCCAGCCUGUGUCCACCUGGCCUGUUCUCACUCGGCCUGUGUCCACCCGGCCUGCGUCCACCCGGCCUGCGUCCACCCGGCCUGCUCCCACCCAGCCUGCGUCCACCCGGCCUGCUCCCACCCAGCCUGCGUCCACCUGGCCUGCUUCAACCCGGCCUGCUCCCACCCAGCCUGCGUCCACCUGGCCUGCUCUCACCCGGCCUGCGUCCACCCGGCCUGCCUCCACCUGGCCUGCCUCCACCUGGCCUGCCUCCACCUGGCCUGCCUCCACCUGGCCUGCCUCCACCUGGCCUGCCUCCACCUGGCCUGCCUCCACCUGGCCUGCCUCCACCUGGCCUGCCUCCACCUGGCCUGCCUCCACCUGGCCUGCCUCCACCCGGCCUGCUCCCACCCAGCCUGCGUCCACCUGGCCUGCUCCCACCCGGCCUGCGUCCACCCGGCCUGCGUCCACCCGGCCUGCAUCCACCCGGCCUGCGUCCACCCGGCCUGCGUCCACCCGGCCUGCUUCCACCCAGCCUGCGUCCACUCGUCCUGCGUCCACCCGGCCUGCGUCCACCUGGCCUGCUCGCACCCGGCCUGCGUCCACCCGGCCUGCGUCCACCCGGCCUGCAUCCACCCGGCCUGCGUCCACCCGGCCUGCGUCCACCCGCCUGCGUCCACCUGGCCUGCUCUCACCCGGCCUGCGUCCACCCGGCCUGCGUCCACCCGGCCUGCAUCCACCCGGCCUGCGUCCACCCGGCCUGCGUCCACCCGGCCUGCUUCCACCCAGCCUGCGUCCACUCGUCCUGCGUCCACCCGGCCUGCGUCCACCUGGCCUGCUCUCACCCGGCCUGCGUCCCCCCGGCCUGCGUCCACCCGGCCUGCAUCCACCCGGCCUGCGUCCACCCGGCCUGCGUCCACCCGGCCUGCUUCCACCCAGCCUGCGUCCACCCAGCUUGCGUCCACCCGGCCUGCUUCCACCCGGCCUGCUCCCACCCAGCCUGCGUCCACCCGGUCUGCUUCCACCCAGCCUGCGUCCACCCGGCCUGCUUCCACCCAGCCUGCGUCCACCCAGCCUGCUCCCACCCAGCCUGCGUCCACCCGGUCUGCUUCCACCCGGCCUGCGUCCACCCAGCCUGCGUCCACCCAGCCUGCGUCCACCCGGCCUGCUCUAACCCGGCCUGCGUCCACCCGGCCUGCUUUCACCCGGCCUGCGUCCACUCGGCCUGCUCACACCCGGCCUGCUCCCACCCGGCCUGCUCUCACCCGGCCUGCAUCCACCCGGCCUGCGUCCACCCCGCCUGCUCCCACCCGGCCUGCGUCCACCCCGCCUGCUCCCACCCGGCCUGCGUCCACCCGGCCUGCUCCCACCCGGCCUGCUCCCACCCGGCCUGCUCCCACCCGGCCUGCUCCCACCCGGCCUGUUCCCACCCGGUCAACCUGUCAAGCCUCACAUUUGUAGAUGCUUCUUCUAUGUCUACUCCAGCAGCAUUUAUUAUCUACUUUGUAGUCAUCUACUGUAUAUCUACUCCAACAUCAGGAGACACUGGUGAAGGCAGCAGAGACACUGGUGAAGGCAGCAGAGACACAGGUGAAGGCAGCAGAGACACUGGUGAAGGCAGCAGAGACACAGGUGCCAGACUGCACUCUGCUGUGGCGCCGCCGACACCGCGCUCUGCUGUGGCGGCGCCGACACCGCGCUCUGCUGUGCCGCCGCCGACACCGCGCUCUGCUGUGGCGGCGCCGACACCGCGCUCUGCUGUGCCGCCGCCGACACCGCGCUCUGCCGUGGCGCCGCCGACACUGUGCUCUGCCGUGGCGCCGCCGACACAGAUCUGCUGUGCCGCCGCCGACACCGUGCUCUGUGGUGCCGCCCCCAACACUGCGCUCUGCGCCGCGUCUGAGUGA